AUGGCUAGGUCCAAGGAAUGCACAGUCUUUGCCACUCAAAAGUUCUCAGUCCAAGCAUCGGGGAGCAAAGCAUCCAAGGAGUCCAGAGCGGACUCCCAGCUUAUCCAGGAGGGUCUGGAAGACUUCCUGGAGGAGGCGGGGUUUGAACUGAGGCCUAAAAGACUAGUGUCUACGCGGGCGCAGCCUUGCACCCCUCCCCAAUCUCUGGCCCUGCGCAGGGAGAGGAAGGCGUUCGCAGAGCCCGGCUCGCGCUCCACACCCGCAGCCGACAGACGGCAGCGCCUGCGCCCGCGCAUCCCCCAGCCCGUGCGCCGGAGCCACCGGGGCAAAGGCGCGGCGCUGGUCGCGGCACAUCUCCUGCUCAGUCGCUUGCUCUCUGCGCUGAAAGGAAGCCAAGCCGGAAGCCCCAGCAACCGGCCCUCCAAGAUGAAGAAGCUCCAGGGAGCUCAACUCCGCAAGCCCAUCACCCCAGACCUGCUGAUGACUCCCAGUGACCAAGGUGAUGUAGACCUGGACGUGGACUUUGCUGCAGACCGGGGCAACUGGACAGGCAAGCUGGACUUUCUGCUGUCCUGCAUUGGCUACUGCGUGGGCCUGGGGAAUGUCUGGCGUUUCCCCUACCGAGCCUACACCAACGGAGGAGGUGCCUUCCUCGUGCCCUAUUUCCUCAUGCUGGCCAUCUGCGGCAUCCCCCUCUUCUUCCUUGAGCUCUCUCUGGGCCAGUUCUCCAGCCUGGGACCCCUGGCCGUCUGGAAAAUCAGCCCCCUCUUCAAAGGUGCCGGCGCGGCUAUGCUGCUCAUCGUGGGCCUGGUGGCCAUCUACUACAACAUGAUCAUCGCCUACGUCCUCUUCUACCUCUUCGCCUCCCUCACCAGCGACCUGCCCUGGGAGCACUGUGGCAACUGGUGGAACACGGACCUCUGCCUUGAGCACAGAGGCUCCAAGGACGGCAAUGGGGCCCUGCCCCUCAACCUCACCAGCACCGUCAGCCCCAGUGAGGAGUACUGGAGCCGCUACGUCCUCCACAUCCAAGGCAGCCGGGGCAUUGGCAGUCCCGGGGAGAUCCGCUGGAACCUCUGCCUCUGCUUGCUGCUUGCCUGGGUCAUCGUGUUCCUCUGUAUCCUCAAAGGUGUGAAGUCCUCGGGCAAGGUGGUGUAUUUCACAGCCACGUUCCCCUACCUCAUCCUGCUCAUGCUGCUGGUCCGAGGAGUCACCCUCCCAGGAGCCUGGAAGGGAAUCCAGUUCUAUCUCACCCCCCAGUUCCACCACCUGUUGUCUUCCAAGGUGUGGAUCGAAGCUGCCCUUCAGAUCUUCUACUCCCUGGGUGUGGGCUUCGGGGGUCUCCUCACCUUUGCCUCCUACAACACAUUUCACCAGAACAUCUAUCGAGACACCUUCAUCGUCACUCUGGGCAACGCCAUCACCAGCAUCCUGGCAGGCUUCGCCAUCUUCUCUGUUCUGGGCUAUAUGUCUCAGGAGCUGGGUGUGCCUGUGGACCAAGUCGCCAAAGCGGGCCCAGGCCUGGCCUUUGUUGUCUACCCGCAGGCCAUGACCAUGCUGCCUCUGUCACCCUUCUGGUCCUUCCUCUUCUUCUUCAUGCUGCUGACUCUGGGCUUGGACAGCCAGUUUGCCUUUCUGGAGACCAUUGUGACAGCUGUGACAGAUGAGUUCCCAUACUACCUGCGACCCAAGAAGGCCGUGUUCUCUGGGCUCAUCUGCGUGGCCAUGUACCUGAUGGGGUUGGUCCUCACCACUGACGGGGGCAUGUACUGGCUGGUCCUUCUAGAUGACUACAGCGCCAGCUUCGGGCUAAUGGUGGUGGUGAUAACUACAUGCCUUGCUGUCACCCGGGUAUAUGGCAUCCAGAGGUUCUGCCGGGAUAUCCACAUGAUGCUGGGCUUCAAGCCGGGCCUCUACUUCAGAGCCUGCUGGCUGUUCCUGUCCCCGGCCACACUCCUGGCCCUGCUGGUGUAUAGCAUCAUCAAGUACCAGCCCUCAGAGUACGGCAGCUACCGCUUCCCAGCCUGGGCGGAGUUGCUGGGCAUCCUGAUGGGCCUGCUGUCCUGCCUUCUGAUCCCCGCCGGCAUGCUGGUGGCUGUGCUUCGAGAAGAGGGCUCGCUCUGGGAGAGGCUCCAGCAGGCCAGCCGGCCGGCCAUGGACUGGGGCCCGUCGCUGGAGGAGAACCGGACGGGCGUGUAUGUGGCCACAUUGGCCGGGAGCCAGUCGCCCAAGCCACUGAUGGUGCACAUGCGCAAGUACGGAGGCCUCACCAGCUUUGAGAACACGGCCGUUGAGGUGGACCGAGAGAUGGCAGAGGAGGAGGAGUCUGUGAUGUGAGGCAGGAGACAGGCGGACAGGAGGCCCUGCCCCAGGGGCUCUGGGAGGGCUGAGGCUGUGGGAGGUUGCUGGUAUCCAAUGCAAGUCCCUUUUUGUGGCCUCUGCCUCUCCUGAAACCUUUAUCUACCCCCUACACACACACGGACACGCACGCAAAGCUGAGAAUGAUCCAGCUCAGCCCUCACUUGGCAGAUGGAUAAACUGAGGCCAAGGAGGAAGACUUGCCAGAGGUCUGGUGGCAGAGGGGACUGGACCCCAGGCCUCCUGACCAGCCAGCUCACUUCGUCAUGUGGCAGCUGGCACCACCUUCUCAUCUCUGUUCAAGGCCCAGACCCCUCCUUUUUCUCGAAGAGCCUGUUCCACACCCUUCAACACAGCCAGAAUCUCCAGCUGGGCUCACAAGCCCCAGGCACGGAGGGUUAGCGAGUCAGGUGGGGGAAAGAUCCCUGUGGGCUCAUGUGCACAGGCCAGGUGCCCUGAAGGAAGCAGGACCUGAGGGCCUUGGAGGGUGAGCACGUUUGGAGAGAGGAUGGGGGGAAGAGGGCAAAAUGGGGGGACGGUCUCUGGGAGAGGGGCUGACACAGCCAAGGUGUGGAGGACAGAAUGUAGCCCCCUCCUCUUCCCCUGGGGCCAAGAGGAGGUGCACUGCCUGCGACAAAGUUCAAAGGCAUAGGAGCAGGUAUUCCCAGGUUAGGACCGGGUGCAGGUGGGAAUGAAGAAUGACGGGGAGGCGGAGCCAGGGCUGUGAGAUGGGCAAAGGAUUUGCAUGAUCUGGUUGUGCUUUAGAUAGAAUGCCGUUCUCAGUGUGCAAAGUGGAGACAAGGUGGGGUAGGAGGCCUGUGGAGGACAGGCAAGAGGGGCAGGUGGCCUGAGCUGGGGGGAGUGGAUGGGGAUGGAGACAGAGAGGGGACCCUGCACUUCCGAGAAUGCAACUAGGAAUCUCGGAGAUGGUCCACACAUAAGGCUGUCGGUCUUAAUGCUGCCCACUCAGCUCCAGGAUGAGGGGCCUUGCGCCCGAAUAUGAGGGUGGGGGCAGAGAGUGGAGGGCAGCUGCAGGCCUGUGACCAGAAGCCUAGUUAUCGUCAAUCCCCAGGCCCAGGAGGGGCUGCGCUGGGGUCCCUUCUUCCCUGAGAGAGCAGGGUGGGGUGUGAAAAUGUCUGAGCGGCUCUCCUGCACAUGGCGUUGUCCAGUGGGGCAGGGUGCCCUCGUGCAGCUGUGCCGGGCUCUGCACCCCAUCUCUCUCCUGGGGUCUCACCCACCCAUCUGUGUGUUCUGUUGGUUUUCCGUUAAUAAACAACAAUGAGGUCA